AUGACAAUGACAAUGGACAACCGACCACCGUUCCAGGGCGGUAUGCACUUCAGCAACAACCACCACUUGCCAUAUGCGAAUCCACCACCCAUCUCAUUCAACAACGUUGCAUGGCCAGCAACGACGGCUACCUCUGCAGGCUCGAGCAUUUAUGCUUCAACUGGUGGUAACGAUGCGGGUUUGGGAAUUGAGGGGAUUGAGAGGCAACCAAAUGCACGCUUAAAUAAUGUAUCUACGGGAUCGUACAGUAUCCCAGUCACUGCGGCAUCAGCAGGUAACAUCUUUACGGGUUUCUCUGGAGCACAGCAGGAUUUACUCACCAGUCAACAAGAUAUGAUGAGCCCCAGCCGUUCCUUACCACCUGGAUAUGGGAGCGAUUCCGGGUAUAACAGCGCACCAUCGCCCGCUCAUACUACUUACACCUCUGCGCCGUCGCCAUAUGAUGGGAUGGGCUACGUCCCGGCACCGCCGCCGGCUGUGCGAUCAUCGUAUCCCAUUCAGCAACAGGAUCAUUCCAGGCGACUCUCACAACCGUCAGUAUCUUCAAAUCCACUCUUCGAUAUCCCUGCCGAUGCGCCGCGGUCCCACCGUCAGAAUUCACUUAUUGACUUUAAUGACAGAGGAUUACCAAAUAAUGAUAAUGCCGGAUUUUCACGGGACUCAACACUCGAUGGCGCAAGGGGCAUGCUUGCCAUGAGUCAAAACACCACACCCAGAAAUAUUUAUGGAGGUCCUCCACGACUUGGCAGAGGAUCUGGCGAUUCAUACGGUUUCCCCGCAACACAUUCGUCAAAUUCAUCUAUCUCUUCCGCAAGCACGUCCUACCCAUAUUACGGCUCAGUUGAUUCUUCAGUUUCCGAUUACUCGAAUGGUUCUGACAUCGAAUCGGUGUCAGCGAGGACAUUACCUCCACCGGGUGGUAUUCUUGGUGGUGGAAUUCCUCCUGCACCUCAAUCAAUGAUGGGUCAAUUCAGCUCAAAGGUAUCUUCAAGUACACUUAAGAAGCACAAAUGCAAGAUCUGCGAGAAACGAUUUACGCGACCAAGUUCUUUGCAAACACACAUGUACAGUCAUACUGGGGAGAAGCCAUUCCCUUGCGAUUAUGAAGGUUGCGGCAGACAUUUCUCAGUCGUUUCCAACUUGCGAAGACAUAAGAAAGUACACAAGGGCGACGCAAGAUCGGAAGCUGGUUCCGAAGACCAUCAAUCGCCAGAAUAA